AUGAAUGGCUGUCAUCCAAAUGAAGAAGUACAAAUUAUGGAAGAUCCAGAGUAUGAAUAUUAUGAUUUAGUUUGUCAUAGUAGAUAUAAUCAAUUCGAGAUUUUCAUUCCAGAUUUCGUUCUUGAUUAUCUUAAAACUGUUGAAUAUCCUAAAUGCUAUAAAUAUAGAGGACUUUCUGCUCAUUCUUAUUCACCUUAUUUAGUUCCAUUUACCAAAGGAAUUGAUCUUACAGACGAAGAUUUUGAUUCAUUGGCAAGAAUUAGUAUUCAUACAUUUCUAAAUGAAUACAAUGUUAAUAACCCUAUACUUCGCCUUGAACAAUUAUGCAGUAUCAGUGUUGAAAUCGAAUUUUUUGUUUUGCCUUUUCUAUCAAAACCAAGCGUAAAUGCUCCGAAGGAUAUUAUUAAAUUCAUGGAAAUUUUUUCAAAACAAGCACGUGUCAAAGAAGAUUUUCAAUAUUAUUUCGCAAAUCCAUACAUCGAUAAAAUAGAACCAAAAAUUAAUGGUCGACGCGCAAGAUGUUUACCUCUAUACGAUUACUCCCAACUCGAAACAGAUAAUCCUUUCAAAAAGGUUCUUGAUUAUCGUAAGAGUUUUCAUUUAGAAGACAAACCAGAUUAUUAUGUAAAUGAUGAAUCUAACAUUCAAUUAGAUUCUCAAGUUCAAGAUGAAUUCAACAAACUAACAGAUUCAUCAGGAAAAUCUAAAGACAACAAGCAAUCCAAUCCCCCAGGAAAAGAUGAAUCCAACAAUCAAUUAGAUUCUAAAGUUAAAUAUGAAUCCAAUAAACCAUUAGAUUUAACAGGAAAAUCUAAAGACAACAAACCAACAGAUUUUACACAAAAGACUCAAUGUAUUGAGCCAAUCACCAUAAAAACUAAUUAUCAAACUAACAAAACAGUUCGUUCCAUAAGGAAAGAUCAAAGCACAGACUCAAUCGAUCGACAUCAAAAUCAUUUCUGCAACAUUGCUUGA